AUGAAUUCAAAUAAAAAUAAUAAAGACGAAGAAUUCGAUGAUAUUUUUGAUAUUGUCGAUGAUGCUUUGGAUACAUUGGAAUAUACAGAUGAAGAAUUAAAUCGGUAUUUCCUAUCUGGUCAUUUACCUUCGAUCGUAUCAGAAGAAGAAGAAGAAGAAGAAGAAGAAAUAACGGACGAUGAUGUUGUUAUUGUUGAAACAAUGCAACAAGAAAAGAAAGAAGAAGAAGAAGAAGAAGAAGAACAAGAUGUAGUUCUAUCACAAAAAUUCAGUCAAUUAUCAACCCAUACAGAAGAUGAACAAAAAUCGGAUGCUACUCUUAAACGUCGACGAUCUAGUGUUGCAUCAUCGAGUCCAGAUGUUCAUAUAAAGAAAACAAAAACGAUUAUCGAUGACGAUGAUGAAUUGGGUGAUGACAGUACGGUUGAACCAAAUCAAAUACCAACGUAUUUAUUAAUGACAAAUCGAGAGUUUCUUCAUAUGGCUCAAACAAUAACAAAAGCAAUUAGUUCUAUUCAUAUCAAUGAUAUACAACAAUUAGCUAUAUUAAUGCAUCAAAUAGCGACGGUUCAAAUAGACAGAUAUAUGAUGAAAGUCUAUUUACAUUCAGUACAAGGAACAUUAAAAGAACCAAACUAUACUCCCAUUGAAAUUAAUCGAAGUGUAUGGCCUAUACAAGUUCAAUCAUUAAUGUUAACACAUCACAAGUCAACAACAUCUAUGGAAAUUCAUACAGAAGAAGAGCAAACUAUGUGUGAACAACUUCUACAUCAACAUUUACAAGAUAUGAAAGAAAAAAUUCAAGAUUAUGAACAACAAUUAAAUGUAAAGAAACAAACGUUAAAUGAUUUCACAUCCAAUGCAGAAGAAAUGAUUCAAAGUUAUGUACAAAUGUAUGGCAUCAAACAAUUGAAAAGGAAACGUGAUUUAAAAGUUGCCUUGAUCAACUAUCACUAUGAUUCAGAACUAUUAAAACGUCAAUAUCUACAUGAACAACCCAAUCAAUAUCAAAUUGAAAUUGCAAAAACCAUUUCAGAUACGAAACGUGAACUAGAAAAAGCAAGACGAGAAUUAUUGGAAUUAAAAUAUCGUGUCUUCUAUAAUAAACCAUCGCCUUCAUUGGAUUCUAUUCAAGUAUCUAUUCCUAAAGUCGACAAUAACAAUGAUCAACGAUCCAUUGAUAAAUAUAAAAAAAUAAUUCAUCGAAAUAAACUUGACGUGAUGGCUACUAAAAUCUUAGAAGCUGAAACCAAAUUUUAUCAAUGUUCCACAAUAUUCGACAAUGAAUUGUCGACCAUGUGGAGAAAUCAUCGUGAACUUGUUAAAAAUAAAGGUAUGCCUACAAAAUUGACUGAUAUCGUUGAUCAACGUUUGAAGAUAAUGUCGGAUCGAUGGCGAGAUAUCUAUAUUUAUCGAAUUCAAUGUUUUUCUCUUACUUCUUAUUACAAUGAUAUCGAUCCAAUGUUAGAGCGUAUUGGAUUUUCAUCAUCACUCAUCAUUGAUACUUCACAUCAACUUAUUCCAGAACAAUUAAAAUUAUUAAGUCGAGGGCCUACAUAUGUGCCACCCUGUCAACUAUCGAUAUCAUCAUUAAAUCAAUCCACCGAUGAUAUUAUCAAAAAACAAUAUGCAUCAUUGAAACAUCAAUUAAAUAAUGUAUUUUCAAAAUAUCAUGUUAACAUAGCAUUAUCUAUGGAAAUUCAACAGAAAAUCAAUGAUACAUUUACAAAUCUAUUUUCUAUACCCAUACCUUCGAAUAUUCAACAGCGUGGUCUUCAUGAAAAACAUCUCGUUCAAUCCAUUCGAUUUGCAUUCAAUAAACAAAAUCUGAUCUUACGUCGAACGGCUGACAACAAGAAUACAUUCUAUUUGGGCAAUCGAAAAGAAUUCGAAGCAAAAGCAAAAGAUUAUUUAAUGAGAUCACAUGAUUAUACUGUGUUUUUAACUAAAUAUAAAUGCAGUGAAUUAAAAGAAAUGAUCGAGUCCAUGAAUGAAUUAUUGAUGCGAUUGAAAACUAAUAAAUCAAUCACUGAUAAUGUCUAUCAUCGUUUAUUGAUUGAUGCAAGUAAAGUUAAAUUACCUUAUCUAUACUUCUUACCAGAUGUUUCCAAAGAUAAUGAAAUUUCAAUGAUGCCUAUUAUAACAUCAGAAUCUAGUGCAACAUGGAAAAUCGGUAAAUAUUUAAAUGAUUUAUUACGACCGUUUGUCAACAAAAUUCUACAACCAACAACCUUUCGUGAUGAACCUGAUUUCAUACAAAAAUUACAUCAAUAUGUUCAUAUCGAUAAACGUCUUCGAGCAACAACAUUAUUUUGUACGCUUCAAAUUUCAAAUUACUAUGCAUUAGAUCUACAUCAGCGUAUGAUUGAUACAGUGGGCUGUUUCUUACAGGAUAAUCUAUUAUCAAAUAAACUUGAACAAUUAACGAUUCAAACAAUUAAAAAUCUUCUACAUAUUUAUCUCUAUUAUAAUAUAUUCUAUUAUAAAAAUCAAAUUUAUAAAAUGGCCAAAGGAAGUCCAACGACAAUGGCAUUAUCAGAAACAUUAUCAACUAUUUAUUUGUUUGUAUGGGAAAGUCGAAUCACAAAAGAACUUCGUUCAAAAAAUGAACUAUUUGGAAGAUAUAAAGAUCAGAUCUUUUUCACAUGGAAUAAUUCAAAUGAAAAAGAACUUUGUCGAUUUUUACAAACACUACAAGAUAAAGAUUCGCCUAUUCAAUUUCAACAACGCAUCGCAUCAACUGUCCGAUUUCUCAAUGUUCAUAUCGAUAAUUUGAAAGGUGAAUUAUCGACUCGAAUUUAUCAUCAGGCAAUGAUGCAAAAGUAUUCAUUACCCUAUGUAGUGGGUCAUUCAAAACAAGCUCAUAGUGAUUGGUUUCGAUCAGCUUUAAUUCGUGCUGUUUGUUGUUCUUCUUCGGUCGAUAAUUUUCAUCUUGAACGAGUGACUCUCGAAUUAACAUGUCUUACCAAUGGUUAUUCAUUGCAAUUUGUUGAAACACAAGUAGAACAUUUCUUCGGUUAUUUUCAUGCACACGAAAUGCGAUAUUCAAAAGAUCCAACAAUGUAUGAUACAUUUCGAAAGAAUUGGUUCAGUUAUAUGACAAUGCAAUAUGAACUGACGGAUAAACUUCAUCAAUUCAAUGAUAAAGGUCAGUUGAUUCAACUCAAUUAUCGUUAUGAACACGGUCCACGUUGUGAAUUUAAUGAACAAUUCCAUCGCCUAUGGUCACAUUAUUUUCAUCAACAUCCAACUCUAUCAAAAGAAAAAACAAAAGUACUAUUGACCACCAAACAACAACACUCAUUAAAUACUCUUUUAGCUGAAGAAAAGCCAACUAAUUUAAUUCAAUAG